AUGAAUUCGGGCCACCAGCUGGCCGGUGCCAUGUGGGCGCUCACGGCCCUGUCGCUCUUCUUGGUCGCUUUGAGACUGUAUACCAGGAUACGGAUUGUCAAGUUUAUAGGAGUGGAGGAUUACCUGUUUGCCACGACUGGUCUUCUCAUAUUGUGCUUUGCAAUAUUCAUCCAAGUGGCUGUUCGUAAUGGUCUCGGCCAGAGCUUUUGGGUACUAAGUCUCGCCGAGUCAUCCAAUGCCAUUUUCUGGACCUAUGUCGCCAACACUUUUGCCAUUACUGGAAACGCCAUGGCAAAACUUUCCAUGGGUCUAUUCUUGUUGCGCGUGGUCCAGGUUCGAUGGCAAAAGAUUAUGCUAUGGGUCGUCGUCUUUCUCAUUACCGCCACGAGCCUGGCACUGGCCGUCAUGCUCUGGAAUCAAACGGAUCCUGUCAGGGCAAGCUGGGAUCCAUUGAGGACUCCGGGCAAGUGGAAUAUUCAAAUCCAGCCAAUGAGUGUCGGUCUUGGAGUCUGGUCGAGUAUCUGCGACUUUUUCUUUGCCAUCUUUCCUUGGCUGUUUCUCUGGUCGCUCCAGAUGCCACAAAAAGAAAAAAUCAUGUUGGCUAGUGGGAUGAGUUUGGGUGUCAUUGCUGGAGCAUGCGGUAUUGUCCGAACAAUAGUUCUCGCCCGAUUAAACGUCAUGGAUUAUACUAUCAACUUUGUACCAUAUUUCGCGUGGGCUGGAGCCGAGAUUGCCGUAUCCAUGAUAUGUAUUGGCAUUCCGACACUGCGACCUUUAUAUCUCAAAGCCCGCGGCAUGGCAAGCGCAUAUGGACGCCAUGGUCAGAGCCAGACGAGCGAACUUCCUAGAUUUGUCAUGUACGAACACAAGGUCCCCCGUUCGCCUGGAACACCGAGAAUCCCGUCAUCGCCAUUACACUCCCGUAGUGAUUCAGGUCUGUCCAAGCCUGCAAGUACAUACACCAAAGCCUCGAGUAGGAACAGCGCCAAUGAGCUGAGUCCCAUUGAAGAAGAUGGCAAUAGGGUCACAUGGGUCGAGAAUGAGGUGCGAGUCCAACGAGAAAAUCCAAACUGGCCAUUGACGAAUUGA